UAUUGCAUGGUUUCACACAGGCCAUUUUGUAAAUAUUCAUUGUCGUUUGCUGGCUGUGGAUUUUUAUGUGUUUAUCACACGGGUGUAUGUGCAGCGCUCAAGGAAUACGCGCCACGAUUGUUAGAAAACGUGCUUUGCGGUGCUUCAGCUGGUUCAUUAAUUGCUGCAGCUGUUGCAUGCGGAAUAUGUAUGUCGAAAGCGACAAGUGUUCUCCUUCAUGUUGUUGUGCAGGCCCGAUCAGUAAUACUCGGUGCUUUCAACAAUGAUUUUGAUCUAAUGAGGAUUAUUGAAAAGGAUCUUCAAGCGUUGCUUCCAGAUAAUGCUCAUGAAUUAUGUUCAGGACGCGUACGUAUAAGUCUAACGAGAGUCGAAGAUUUGAAGAAUGUUGUAAUUUCUGAAUAUCAUAGUAAAGAAGAUCUUAUUCAAGCAAUAAUAUGCAGUUGUUUUAUACCCGUUUAUGCUGGUUUUUAUUACCCUCAAUUUCGCGGUGAAACUUAUAUCGAUGGUGGUGUAACAGAUAACCAACCUUCUUAUGGUGAAAAUACGUUGACGGUGUCACCAUUUUCCGGUGAAGCAGAUAUAUGUCCGAGAGAUGAAGAGAGUGCUAGCAUGCUAAAUCUAAACUUUGGUGGUACUUCGAUUCGAUUCACUACGAAUAAUUUACAGCGCUUUAUGUUUUGUUUAUUUCCGCCAUCACCUGAUGUAUGUUCACAAAUCUGUCGUCAAGGAUUUUCCGAUACUUUACGAUUUCUAGUCAAUAAUGGCUUUCUUUCUGAGGGAGAAGAACAAAUACGAGUUUAUAAAAAUCAUGGUGUAGCCGAUUUUCUGUCAAGGUCGAAGAUUGGUCAUCUCUUUCCCAUAAUUAUGGAGAAUGGUAAGCUUCCUUGA